AUGACGGCUUCUCCGCCUGGGUCGCCCACCGGCCCGACACCAACUGCCAGGCCCAUGAGUGCUGUUAUUCGACCGCCGAGAAGUAUGAGUCGCAUGAGUGUAGGAAGCAGGCCCGGUGGCAGUCGCGCCUCGGAUGAGGAGAGUAAGACGGCUGUCAAAGUCGUUGUGCGUGUGCGGCCGCCGUUGAAGGAAACCGACCCCGGAUACGAUUUGAUUCCACAACGAUUUCGGCGGUCAAUGGUCCAUGUCACCUCACAGACUAGUCUAGCCGUCGAUGUUACCCAAGGGCGCAAGUUGUUUGUGUUUGACCGCGUUUUCCCAGAGACUACAGAUCAAGAAGGAAUUUGGGAAUAUCUCAGCGAUAGUGUCAAUUCCUUCACCCAAGGUUACAAUGUCUCGAUUCUUGCCUACGGCCAGUCGGGAGCUGGAAAAUCAUAUACGAUGGGAACUUCUAGCCCUGGUGACCAGAUUGACGCUCGCGCCAUGGGAAUCAUUCCCCGAGCCGCGCAGCUCUUGUUUGAGAAAUUAGACGGCCCGAGACAUAGUCGAACACAGUCGUCUGGUCUGCGCACACCAGCAAGAUAUUCCAUGAGCUCGCCACAAAGUUUCAAUAGAAGUCCGGCAGAGAAGACCUGGCAGAUGAAGGCAACAUACGUUGAGAUCUACAACGAACAACUUCGGGAUUUACUCGUCCCAGAGGCAACACCUGUUGGAGAUCGCAGCAACGUCACUAUCCGGGAAGAUACCAAAGGCAGAAUUAUCUUGACUGGCCUUCAUCAAGUAGACAUCAACUCGUUUGAGGACUUGAUGGGCGCCCUAAACUUUGGCUCGAGCAUUCGCCAGACAGACGCGACUGCAAUCAAUGCGAAAUCCUCGCGUUCCCAUGCAGUGUUUAGUUUGAACCUAAUACAACGCAAAUCGUCUGCGCAGACUAUGUCUGCAAGGGAGAAGCGCAUGUCUGUACCAGUCGAGGCUUUGUCGUCGUCGGACGCUGUAGUCACUGUGGAUAGCAAACUUCACUUUGUGGAUCUUGCUGGGAGCGAACGUCUCAAGAACACUGGUGCUUCUGGCGAGAGAGCUAAGGAAGGUAUUUCUAUUAAUGCUGGGUUGGCUAGUCUGGGAAAGGUCAUCUCACAGCUCUCCUCUCGACAAUCCGGUGCUCAUGUCUCAUACCGUGAUUCCAAGUUAACCCGUUUGCUUCAAGACUCGCUCGGUGGAACUGCCAUCACCUAUAUGGUUGCUUGCGUUACUCCGGCUGAAUUCCAUCUUAGCGAGACCCUGAAUACCGUUCAGUAUGCACAAAGAGCUAGAGCUAUACAGAGCAAGCCUCGCAUUCAGCAAACCACCGAUGAAAGCGAUAAACAGGCCACCAUUGAGCGUCUCAAGGCCGAAGUUGCAUUCUUACGUCAACAGAUUCGGAAUUCCGAGAACGGAGACAGGAAGAGCGUCGUACAGCCCGAGCGAAGCGACCGUUCAACCGAUAGGGAGAUGGAGCUCCAAAAUCACUUGCUGGAUAUGCAAGAGAGCUAUAAUUCCUUGAGCGAGCGCCACGCGAAGCUCAUCUCAGAACUUAGUAAAGCGUCUGAUCUCCAAACAGAGAAUCCUAAUGAGCUCGCAGCUGCUAUUGAAAACAGCUCCGUCGAGAGACUGAAGCGUUCUCAUUCCUUUGCCAAGUCGGUCGAGCAAGUCGUCCUAGAAUACGAAAAAACCAUUCAAAGCCUAGAGUCGUCUCUCUCGAGUACUCGCGCCUCUUUGGCCGCUACCGAAAGCUCUUUACUAGAACGGGAAAGCAAGUGCGCAUAUUUGGAGACACACAAUGCACAAUUACAGACGAGAGUCCAAAAAUUGAUGGAUCGUGAGAACAGCACAGAACAUUAUCUUCACGAUCUCGAAUCCAAGCUUGAUGGCCAUUUCACCGGAGAAGAGAAGAAUUCUGCUCUUGUCUACGAAUUGCGUAAAGAACUUACUCGUGCUCAUGAGAAUGAGGCAGGAUGUGAAGACUACAUAUCGACAUUGGAGGAACGUUUGGCCGAGGCUGAUCAGGAUAUGGAACUGAUGCAGCGCGAGAUUCACAGACUCGAGCACGUCAUUGACCGUCAAAGAAAUCUUGGUAAACUGGAUAACCUUCUAUAUGAGCUUGACCACAUUCAACAGAAUGGCAGUAAAUCUCAGGCUAAACCCCGAACGAACCGGACCCGCGGAAAUACACUUGAUAUUUUGACCGAGGCAGUGGAGACUGCCAUCCCAGAAGAUGACGAUGAAGACUUGGGUGAGGACACUGCCACGAAUGUGGUGUCAGAAGAAAUCAGAGACUUGGAUAAUUUCUCUGUCGAGGAUAAUGUUGAGACCGCUGAGGAGGCUUUGAAAGAUGAGGAAAUGGUCGAGGACCAUAAACAGAGCCCCGCUCAGUCGAAGUCGUGCAGAGAGUGGCAAAUUCAGCACGAGAUGACCCAGAAUGAAUACGAUCUUCUUGCUGCCAAGUACGAAGAAGCAUUGCGGGCUAUGGCCGAAAUGCAGGAUCAGAUAGAUUUCAGUCGCCACCCCGCGGGACCCUUGAACAUUAACACUCCUGUUGAUAAGAGCGUCAAGACCGAGGAAGCCAAGACUGGAGGACAACAUUCAUCUUCGCGCUCGCUCUCUUCGGAGCUGUCCUCGGUAGAGCAGUCGGGAAUCUCGCAGGACACAUUUGACACCACUGUCAUGUCAGCGCCCUCUAUGGACAAUGGGCCUUUGCAGUCCGAAGAAGAGAUCAAGACUUUGCGCCAGCUUCUUCGAGAACAUGAGGAGGGCAUGAACCUUGUCGCUCAGAAAUAUGCUCAGUUAGAAGCUGAGCAUGAUGAUACUCUGAUUCUUGUAGAGCAGCUAAAGACCGACCUUCAGAAGGCUCGGAUGCCUCAGUCCCCAACAACCCCCAGCCCGGGAGGCGCCUCAGUCAUUCGUAGAAUGACCAGUCAAAAUCUCAUGUCGACCGUGGAUCGUGCCCAUAGGUCUCUCGCCGCGUUACGAAAUAUCGCCUCCGAAGAGUUUGAGGAACGCCCUGACGCAAUGCAAAACUUCGAGCAGAAUCUGAAUGCGGCCAUGCAUGAACUGCACAUUCGCAUCGAGCGUAUCCAAGCGCUGGAGGCCGAGAACGCGAACGUCAAGAAGGAGAUGGAAAUGAAGGCUACAAUCAUUUCUGGCUUGACACGAGAGCGCUCAAGUUUGCAAGGCGCGAAACCGAUGGACAUGGCAAUGGUUUCACAGAUGCGCGACCAGAUAUUCCAGCAGGAGAAUCAAAUGAGGGAGAUGCAAGAAGCCCAUGAAAGUCGAGAGCAAGAGCUGCGUUCUGAGAUCGAAAAGCUCCGUGCAGAGUUAUCGUCUCACACGAAAACUGAUGCUUCUGAAACACCCGCCACAAAUAGUAGUGUGUUGUCUGAAGAAUCUCAAGUCCGUCUUGCACAACUAGAGACUGAACUUUCGGAAUGGAAAGGCAGGCAUCAAGUUGCCAUCGAAUCGUUGGAGGCGUCUGAACAAAAACUAAGAGCAACUGCAGCUGAGCUCUCGGAGGCACUCGCCUCAGUUGACGCACUCCGAGCAGAACAUGCUGAUUCACUUGCGUCGCUUGCCAAUGAAAAGGCUGUACUUCUGCGCGAGCGAGAAGAAGAAAGAAAACAACAGGAAUCUUAUGUUGCAGCCUUGCAGUCUCAGAUUGAUGGGCACCAGUUCAGUAUCUCGACGCAUUUGGCCACAAUCGCGGAACUCGAAGCAUCUCAUUCUGCUAUUCAAGACCAGUUGACGCACUAUAUCUCCACAAAAGAGGCCAACGACGCCAAUUCUGCAGUCUACCAGUCCCGGAUUGCUGAACUCGAGGAUCAACUCGAGUCACAUAGAGCUCAUGUUGCCGAUCACGACAAGGAACUGGCUUCACUGCGGCAAACUCACCAAGAGCAAUUGUCAGAACUACAAAGCAGAUCGACCGCUGUCGACUCUACCAAGUCUGAUCACGACUCUUUGAUGGCCCAACUGAACGCACAGCAUGAGGAGAACCUUGCUGCUCUACGAUCAGAGAUUGCUAGCUCGAAGCAGGAUUUGACCGGAUUGCUGAACGCAAUUUCUAGAGUUCUCGAGACCCAAGUUACUCCUGUGACAGUUGGCGAUCAGUUAGAAGAUCUGAUCUCGGAGAAACGCAGCCUUGAAAGUAAAUACGCCGAUCUGAUCGAUGCGCACGAAGAUCUCCAAAGACAGCUCGAAUACAAGGAUGCUAGCGUCGAAGAACCAAAGACCUCGAACGAGGAACAUGAAUCGAGGAUUACUGAGCUUGCGACACUGGUCGCAACGCUUGAGGAUAAGUUGAAGGAGAAGGAAGAACUCGUUCAGAAGAAGGAUGCCACGAUUGAAGAAAUCACAGCUGAAAAGCAGAAGAGUGUUCGCCUGGUUGAGGAGCUUGAGGAGCAAAUUACCAAUACCUUCGACCAGCACCAUAACCGUCUUUCCGUCAUGCAGAACGAACGUCUGCAGGCUCUCGAAGAGGCAAAUGCCAAGGUCGCCAACCUCGAACGUGAAGUCGAAACAUACCAAGUCCGUAUCGAGCAGCUCGAGCUCCAACUCAAGAACAGCGGGACCGAGGUUGUGCCGAUGGAUCGCACCAAUUCUCUGUCGUCUGUACGCAAGAGUGCUUCUACGACAUCACUUCCCUCUCCCCCGCCAGCCAUUCCUCUUCCGCCUUUGCCGAAUAUCGCUUCUGCUACAGCUGGGAAUACAAACAGCAUGUCUCCUCCUAGCUCUCGUCACACCAGUCGGGAGUUGGUCAGCACGCAACUGAUGGAGGACCAAGAAGCUCGUAUCAAGACAAUUGAAAAGCAUCUAUAUGCUGAGAAGCAGCUUACUGCCACCUUGGAAGAAGCUCUCGGAGAUCUGGAGGCUCAGAGCAACAAGAUCAAAGCCGACAUGGAAGCCUGGAAGAAGAAGGCUUGGCAAUACGAAGACGAACUUCAGACCCUCCGAAAAGAGCGCAACUCCACUCGCCUGUCCUUGCAGGCUGUUGAGGAAGAACGCAGUGCUCGUCGUGAAGCUGAGGCUGCUCGUGCGCAACUAGAAGAGCGCAUGAACGCGAUCAACAGAAAGAAGAAAAAGAGUACUCUCAACUGCUUCUAAUUCAAUAAUUACCCCUGUACCUUAGCUAACGGCAGUUGGAUGUGUACAUCUCUUUUGUCUUUUAUUUUUAUCGUCCCUGGCAUUCCAUACUGAGUGGAAUCUCCAACCUAUUUUUACUUCGUGUUACAACCUUUCUUGACGAUAUUUUCCUGUACGACUGAAACGGACUUGCUGAAGUCUCAUGUACAUGCCUUCUUUUUGUCAUUAUUCUUUUCUCUUCCUUUGAACCAUUGUAUUCUUCUUUCCCCAUACAUACCCUAUUCGCCAUUCUCAAAUGUUACAGAAUUGUCAUGAGAUAUUAUCGAAAAUAUGUUCUUUUUCUUGGAAUUGUACUCAUCCUUUUUCCCUUGUCUAUCUUUCUUACGUGUCUAUUUUCAAUUCUUCGCCAUUCUGCACAAAUGACGACCAUUGAUGAUAUUGGCGGUGACAGUUGAAUUUUACUUUUUUUUCUAUCAUUAUGUUGUUUCG